AUGUCAGGGUGCAAGCAGCAACAGGACCUGGCGCUCAUUAAACAACUGGAGCUGAUUCUGGAUUCCUGCACACUGGAGCUCAAUGCAGUGGAUGAAGUCUGGCCAAACCUCUACAUAGGAAACAUAGCCAUAGCACAGAAUAAAAAAAGUUUAUCCAAGCUUGGCAUCACUCACAUUCUGAACGCAGCUCACUCCAAGCAGGGAAGCAUCGGGGACCAACACUUCUAUGGCAACGUUUGUGUUUACUGCGGAGUACCAGCAGAAGACUCGGACCACUUUGACCUCAGCCAGUACUUCAAACUAGCGUCAGACUUCAUCCAUAGAGGCCUGAAGUAUGACCAAGGAAAGGUUCUGGUGCAUUGCAUUAUGGGUGUGAGCCGCUCAGCAACCCUGGCCCUGGCCUACUUGAUGAUGCGUCAACAUCUCUCGCUCCAAGAUGCUCUUAGGCACCUCGUGCAAAAAAGGGCCAUUUACCCUAAUCGGAACUUUCUGAUGCUCCUUCACAAGCUGAAUGAACAGUUGGCAUUCAAAAGGAGGUUUUGUCCGCUCUUCUGA